AAAACUUUAUAAAAUGAAGAGAUGGCCGGGUCAUACCUUCUUCUGCCAAGUUGAUAAUCAGCAUUAGGACAUAGCUCCCAAGACUCUCUCUCUCUCUCUCUCUCUCUCUCUCUCUCUCUGUGAUAAGAAAGAUGUUGAAACUAUGGAAAUGGUACCAGCAGUGCUUAUCUACUCAUCCAGUGAAGACCCAGAUCGUCAGCUCCGGCUUUCUAUGGAGCAUUGGUGAUAUUGGUGCUCAAUACAUCACUCACUCAACUGCUGUCAGCCGUCAUAAAAAAUCUGAUGCAGAAGCAGAAUUCAAAAUCAAUUGGAAACGUGUGGCCAUCACUGGUCUGUUUGGCUUUGGCUUCAUUGGUCCAUUAGGCCAUUAUUGGUAUGAAGGCUUGGACAAGAUUAUGAGGCUGAGAUUUCAACUGCCACCAAAGUCGCUGCGAUUUGUUGCUGCUAAAGUGGCAGCUGAUACCCUAAUCUUUGCCCCUUUUGAUUUGUUUGUGUUCUUCACAUAUAUGGGACUGGCGAGUGGCAAGAGUGUAGCUCAGGUGAAGGAAGAUGUGAGAAGAGACUUCCUCCCAGCCAUGAUUAUGGAGGGCAGCAUAUGGCCCAUAGUUCAGGUUGCAAAUUUUCGGUAUGUACCUGUGAGGCAUCAACUCCUCUAUGUCAAUACAUUCUGCCUGUUGGAUAGUGCUUUCUUGUCAUGGUUCGAACAACAAAAUGAUGCCCCUUGGAAGCAGUGGUUCACAUCUGUAAAGCCUUUAAAGGAACGAGAAGGUCAGGGUCAGGGGAGAUUAUGAAUUCUCCUCAGGCUGUUGUAUCUUCCAUCCUGAGUGAUAAUAAAGACAGGUCUGCAGCCAUUAUUUGUCCAGCACCAAAAGAAGGCAAACAACCUGAAGUGCCAACAGGGAUUUUAUAAGUUGGAAUUUGGAGAAUGAAUCAAUGCUUUCUAUUUGUAAAAUGUUGUAUUAAUUUUUGCCUCACAAGCCCCAAAUGCAAUGGAAACAGACUAAAGCCCUUAAUUUGGUAGGGCAUUUGAUUGCA